UGUGAGGUUGGUGGAUGGUGGCAGUCGCUGUGCUGGGAGAGUGGAGGUUCUUCAUAGUGUGUGGUGAUGACUGGGAUAUGAGUGAUGCUGCAGUGGUGUGUAGAGAGCUGGGCUGUGGAGAAGCUGUAGAUGCACUGGGCAAAUCUCACUUUGGAUCAGGAUCAGGACCAAUCUGGAUGGAUGAUGUGGACUGUAGUGGAUCAGAGUUUACACUGAAGAAAUGUCAAAGGCGAGGAUGGGGUAAACAUAACUGUAAUCACUCUACAGAUGCUGGAGUUAUCUGUUCAGGAGUCCUGCUGGUUAAUGGCUCUCGCUGUUCUGGAAGAGUGGAGGUUCUUCAUGGAGAGAGCUGGUUCACAGUGUGUGAUGCUGACUUUAACCAGCAGGAUGCAGAGGUUGUGUGUCGGGAGCUGGGCUGUGGUUCUCCUGUGGAGAUUCUGGGAGCAGCUGCUUUUGGUAGAGGGGAGGGUCCGGUGUGGUCAGAGGAGCUUCAGUGUAGAGGAAACGAAUCUCAGAUUCACUUCUGUCCAAAAUCAUCUUCACUCAAACACAACUGCUCCCAUGAUAAUGAUGUGGGACUGGCAUGUUCUGGAUGCAGAGGUUGUGUGCAGCUGGGAGCUGGGCUGUGGUUCUCCUGUGGAGGUUCUGCUUUUGGUAGAGCAGAGGGUCAGAUGUGGUCAGAGGAGCUUCAGUGUAGAGGAAACGAAUCUCAUAUGUACCUCUGCCAGACAUCUCCUUCCUUGAAACCCAACUGCUCUCACAACAAGGAUGUGGGACUAAGAUGCUCUGGUCACGCUCAGGCUCGGCUGAUGAACGGCUCAGAUUCCUGUUCUGGUCGAGUGGAGCUCCGGUACCUCAGUGAGUGGGGUACAGUGUGUGAUGUAAGCUGGGAUAUGAGAGCUGCCAGUGUCCUCUGUGCUCAGCUGAAGUGUGGGAGUGCUGUGGCUGUGUUGGGGUCAGACUGGUUUGGGGAGGGGAGUGGCCGGAUCUGGGCUGAUGUGUUUGAUUGUCAGGGAAACGAAACACACCUGUUAAAAUGUCCCAUUUCAUCAUGGAGUCGAACUGCAUGCUCUCAUGAACAGGAUGCUGGAGUUAUCUGUAGUGGUUCUUCUCUGGCGUCUCAUGAGGGAGGAGUGCGGUUGUCUGGAGGGAUGGAGUGUGAGGGGGAGGUGCAGGUGUUCUUCAGGCAGGACUGGAGGAGAGUUCUGCUGGACUCCUGGAGUGAGUCUGAGGCCUCUGUGGUCUGCAGACAGCCGGGCUGUGGUUCUGUACUCAACAUCUCCAGCUCCUCUUCAUCCAGUCCUGAACACAGCUACGUGUGUGUGACGGGUUUCAACUGCUCUGGGAGUGAAGCUCAUCUGAGGAACUGCAGCAGCUCACAAGCAGAUAACUGCAGCUCCACAGUACAGCUCUACAUCACCUGCUCUGGUACAUCUAACACAGUCCACAGCUCCAUCAGGCUGGUUGGUUCUGGGGGAGACUGUGCAGGAAGGCUGGAGUUUUUCCACAGUGGAUCAUGGGGGACAGUGAGUGAUGAAUUGUGGGAUAUUGAGGAUGCGCAGGUGGUCUGCAGGCAGCUGCAGUGUGGAGUGGCCCUCAGUGCUCCAGUACCAGUACCAGCCCGGUUUGGAUCUGGAACUGGACCCAUAUGGCUGAAUGAGGUGGAGUGUGAGGGGAACGAGGCGUCUCUGUGGAACUGCAGAUAUCAGCUGUGUGGAGAGGAUGAAUGUGGACACAAGGAUGAUGUAGGAGUCGUGUGCUCAGAGUAUAAAGAGAUCAGACUGACUGAGGGCUGUGAGGGGAAUCUGGAGGUGUUCUAUAAUGGAACCUGGGGGAAUGUGUGUGUAAAUGGGAUGACUGAUGAAACGGCAAAAUUGAUCUGUCGAGAGCUGAACUGUGGAAGAACUGGCAGUGAGUCUUGGUCUAAAGCAAGAGUGGAAUCAGCUCCUAACUGGCUGGAUAAUGUAAAAUGUAGGAAACAUGACUCCACUCUGUGGCACUGUCCAUCUUCUUCCUGGGGGGAGAACAGGUGUGAUAAUCGCAAUGAGGUUGCUUGCAUUACCAGCUCAGAGAAUGGAAAUACACUAGAUUUGACAAAUUGGCUGUGUGAUUCAUCUCCUCAUGAGAGACCGUGCUCAAAGCACAUUCCUCUGAGGCUGAGGGGAGGAGUAGGAAGCUGUUCUGGAUGGCUGCAGGUGUAUCAUAAUAAAACAUGGGGGUCUGUAUGUGGUGAUCUCUGGGACAUCAGGGAUGCUCAGGUGAUCUGCAGGCAGCUGGGUUGUGGGCCGGCGCUGAGUGCUAAUAGAAGAGCUGCUGAUGGUUCUGGUGGAGGAACUAUCUGGAUGAACAGAGUGAAGUGUAGAGGGAAUGAGAUUCACCUGUGGGACUGUCCUCAUUCCCUGAAGAACCACACUGACUGCUCCCACAGUGCUGGAGUCACUUGUGGAGGCUUCCUGUAUCAUACUUUCCCUUUAAAUAAUAAAAGAGGACAGAUGGGACAUUUUGUCUUGCAAGAUUCUCAACCACAGACAAUAAGAAUCAUAAACUCCUCCACCAGCUGUUCCCUCCAUCUAUCCAGUGUCUCUCCUGGUUCUGGGAUCUGUGCUCUUCCUGGCCUUAGUGCUUCUGGUUGUGCUGUUUUAUCAGAACAGAGUGCUCAGGAGAGUGAUCUCUAAGAGGAGGAAGACUUCAGCUGAGCCUGUCUAUGAGGAGAUUGACACCAGGCUCAUCCCUAAAAGAAUUACUGUCUCAACUGAAAGUAAAGCAGAUAAUGAGGAAAUGCAGUUAAGUUAUGAUGUCAUUUUUGCUGGACAA